AUGGUCUUCCGUAGCCCCUCCAGCGGACAGGAGAUGGGUCCAGCUCAGAGAGGGGAGGCCCGGAGCUCCAGCUGGCGUGUGUCUGAUGACGCGGGCGGCAGCGGCAGCAGCAGCAGCAGCAGCGGUACCGCUAACGGCUCCAUCGACCGGCUACCGGCCGGUCCCGCUCCCGGUCCCGGUCCCGGUCCCGGCGUGGGUGCAUGUUCGAGGAAUCGGCUUCCAGGAGGCUGUGAAGCGACGGCGGCGGCGGCGGCGGCGGCUCUCCGCGGGGUUCGUUUGCUCGACAGGUUGACAGAAGGCGGCAGGAUGCUGUGGCGGCUGCUCUGUCUGCUUCCUCUGGUGGGCUGCAGCUGGAUUGUCGCUCAGGACGUCACUUAUAAAGACAGACACGACCACGAGGAGGCCGCCGUGACAGCGACGCCUCACGUCUACUACUGCCGCUCGCCCAACAUGGAGGACUUCACCUGCUGGUGGCAUCCGCUCGACAACCUGACAGACGGCGAGGAGGUCGCCUACGUCCUCACCUACUCCAAAAAUGAGGGGCCCAGACAUGAAUGUCCAGACUAUGUGACUGCCGGUCCCAACAGCUGCCACUUCGACAGCAGCCACACGUCCAUAUGGAAGAUCUACUGUAUGAACGUGACCGCCAUCACCACCCAUAAGAACUACACCUCCCAGGAGCACUGCCUGGACGUGGCAGACAUAGUUCAGACCGAAGCUCCGGUCAACCUGACCUACGCACUGAGAGUCGCCGGCGGGGAUGAAAUGGGCCACAACGUUCUGCUGUCCUGGACGUACCCGGUGCCCUCAGACCUGAAGUACGGCUGGAUCACGCUGGUGUACGAGCUGCAGUACAGACGCGUCACCGAGCCCGACAACUGGAAGGUGAAACACCCUCUAAGCGAGCCCCACGUGGAGCUGCUCGGCCUCCCCGUCGGCGACUACGUGAUCAGAGUCCGCUGCCGGUCACGGAACUACGGCCUGUGGAGCAAAUGGAGCCCCGCGCUCUUAAUGAGCAUCCCCGGCAGGCCGCCGGCAGGAAAAGUGCUGGUGCUGAUCCUGGUGAUGGGCGUCGGCGUCACGGCUCUGCUGGUUAUCGCCUUCGGUGUUAUUCCACAGAGCAAGAGGAUAAAAGAGUACUUCCUGCCGCCAAUUCCCAAGCCGCGGAUCAUCGGCAUUGACCCACUGCUCCUGAAGAAGGGAAACCUGGAUGAAAUCAACCGUCACUUCAGUAACUUCCACGGCUACAAAUCUCCAAACUACACUGAGGAAGUCUGGGACCAGGUCAGAGCCAACGACGUAUAUCUCAGCACGCCGAGGGACUGCAGCAUCCCGGCCAACCUCACAGACAGGAAGAAGGACGCCUUAAUGGUUCCAUGUGACCUGACGCCUGCGACCAAUCAUCAUCAGCUUACAACCCAAAACCCGACACCGUACCUGCAGAGCCUGUUGCCCUACUACUCCUCGCCUCCCGAAGCCUUCGCUCCGUUGCUGGACGUGCCCUCCCUGUGGCCAAGGCCCGAGAUCAUUACGCUGCCGGGGACGGACUACACCAUGAUGGGACAUCCUAACUCUGUCCCCGCUCUUGACGCCACCACUGUCCCCACCAGUCGCUCGCAGCAGGAUUUCUACACCUGUGUUCAGCUCAUGAAUGAAAGCGGCGAGGUGCAUCUGGUGCCUUGCUUACCGCUGCCGUACUGCCGGGAGUUCCCACCUCUGCCGAGGCCCGAUUUAGAUACAAGUGAGGAAGAAGAGAAGAAGAAGAAACUAGCCGGCUACCAAGCCAGGAAGAAUAUGAUGAACGAGCCGAAAGAUGGCGGCGAGGCCGAGAGGAGCGAAGCAGCCGUCCCUCUGCUGCCUGUUGCUGUUGACAACAGGGGGUGAACGACAGGAAGUGCAUCCACAAAAACACAAAUACUUUGAAAACUGCUGAAUGUGCUGAAAGAUGGAAACUGUUGCCAUGUGCAGAUUGAGAGUCUGCUGUAACCUGCAGGACAUUAGCCUCCAAAGGACUCUUUUUAGCUCGCAAACGUCCAGACCUCGCAUUGAAAACAGUUCAACUAACAGAUGUUGUUUUUGAGGACAAAAAAAACCAACACAUUGCACACUCUGCAAAACACAGUUUCUGGUGCGAUAACAUUGUGUUUAGGCGACCAACACGUUCUCCUUCGCAAAAGUUCCUCUGGACCUCAACUUGUUUCUGUUUUUGGUAGCUCGGGUCACCUGUCCAGAAGCAGUUAUACUCUAGUGGCCCAGACCUGUUGCUUCUAAAGCUGCAGGUGGCCAGAUCUUAAUGCGAAAAUCCAAAGUUCAGGCGAAAAAAAACCUUAAGAGCAAAAUUCAAAAAUUGAAACCAAAUUGCUGCAAGCAAGCACUCCAUGAAGUCUGUCAAAGUUGACGAGAGUAUGAAGUUACCUCAUUUGGAUAAAAUAAACAGGAAGACAAGAAACAGUAACGUAACGACCCAAACCGAGUUUGUCUGUGUAAAGCUUCACAUUCAGGGUUGUAUGUGCGUCUCAGGAAAAAGAUUUUAAAAAAGUGCAGUAUCGUUUGAUGUUGUUUCAGGUCCGGAAGAGAGCGAUUAACUGCUGGGUACGUUUCACAUUCCAACCCCCUUUUCUUGUUUCUCUGUUGGUGCGUUUACACACAUUAAUAUUCCAAAACCAUUAGCCUUACCACAUCAUAGUUGGGAUACGGCCUUUCACACAAGACCAUAAGCUGCUUUGGUUUAACCACAUAGAGAUACCUUUAGUUUUCCUGCUGUGUUGAAUGCACUGAUUAUAGAAGCAGUUCCUGUGCUGUUGGUUUUUAUAUCCUAGAUAAUGCCUGUUAAUAUCACCAUAUUCCAGCUAGUUUCCACACGAUUUUCAUAUUCAGGAUAUGGGCAUAUUCCAUUAUCAUACUGUACAUGUGGUGGUACUUACAUAUGCCAGCUCAUUAAGGGAAUAUUUGAUUAUCCUGAACGUGAAUGGAAUAUUAAUCUGCAUGUGUCUCACUCUGAAUCCGUCUCAUUUCCUCUCACUUUUCUGUCUCUUUUGUUUCAUCCUUCAGUAUUUAGCCCAACUGCAGCAGUCUGUGUGAUAUUUGCUUGAUAUUUGAAUGGGCUGAUUUAGAGGAGAAACUUCCUGUCUUGCAGAUUUUCAAUUCGUAGUCCGUUACGAUGAUGCUCAACAGAUUGAUUCCAAAAAAAACAACUUGCAUACAAGAGGUCAGAAAUCAACAAAAAGUAACUUUCACACCCUCAGGAAGAUGCAAGCUGUGAAUUUAAGCUCCUGUUGCAGAAUAUCUGUGGAUUUCUUUUCAUCAUCAUCACGCAGUUUAACAAUGUUUUCUAUCACUGUGUUGUUUUCUGAACUCUCCAAACUGGACAUCUAUUUAUUUUCCAGAGAACUUACGAAGAGUUUGGUGCCAAAACAAGGUAUCACAAUUGGCAAGCCCCUCUCUGACCAUUACUUAGAAAGUAUAAUAUAUAUUUUUAAUACAGUGGAUUGCUGUAGUCCUGUCUGACACAUGUGACACUAUUACAAAAAGUGAUGUUGUAUAUUUUAGAGAUGCUGAAGGACCGACCUCAGGUAGUGUUUUGUUUUUUCUAAAAUGCAAACACAGCAAAAAGAACCAGUGCUCCCACUGAAAUCAGAUAUUUUUAAUCUGCCAUUUGGCCAUGGAACUCAAAGUUUGUAAAAGAUAAGAGCAAUGUACAAGUUUCGAAAAUAUUAGCAUCUCCUCCUCCCGUCCCAGAAUUUCUGUAAUCAAUGGAGUAAUCAAGACCAAAAGUAGGGCGAUGCCUCACAUGUAUGGAACUGACCAUCAGCUAUUUGCUGGUCUGGCUUGAUGCCAGGUGAUGCUACUCUGUGUAGAUGAGCGUUGGUUCUCGAAAGCCGCACGAAUGUGGUGUUCAUCACUACAUGAAUUUUCUGCUUUAUGCAGCGGGUCCAGAUCGUGGUGGCGGCAAUCUAAGCAAGGUAGUCCACAUGUCUCUCUUUCUAGCCACAUCCUUAAGCUCCUCCUGGAGGAUCCCGAGGCGUUCCCAGGCCAGAUGGGACACAUUGUCCCUCCAGUGUGUUUUGACUCUGUCACGGGAGUCUCCAGAAAGCAACAUGAUCAGAUGUCGAGAUGCAGUGGUCCUACUUUGAGGUCCUUCUGGAGGUCCAAACUCAUCCUGGCCACUUGUAAUCUGAAACCUCAUUCUUUUGGAUAUUACCCAAAAUUCGUGAUGAUAAGGCAGAGUUGGAAAAUAAGUCGACUGUAAAUCAUAAAGCAAAUUGAAGUCUUCCUCAUCACAACAGCCAAGGAACAAUGCCACUGCUACUGGUGCAUCUUAAAGGAAAACCUAGCGUAUUUCCCAUAAAUGUGGAAGAUAGCUCUAAUGGCUAUUCCAGGUGGCAACUUUCCGUGUUUACUUUCAGUUGGACUGAGACAAGCAUUUCAAAUGAUUAAAAAGAAAAGAAGAAUUAGAAAGCCUACAGCUUUCCAAAUAAACAUGAGGCUCGUGCAGCGUGCCCCAAGAUAUGUCAUUUUGAGCAGGUCCUUGCAAGUCCUCGAUUACAACGUUGGUAUGACCCAUAGAGCCACAAUAGCUACAUGUAUGGGAAAUACAUCAGAUUGAAAUAUAGCAGGAUUUCCCUUUAAAGCCCGAUUACGCAUAAAACAAAGUACUUGAUGAACUGCCUGACAGUGUCUGAAACCCCCUUUCCAACUUUGCAAUUGAUGGGCUGCGUCCAACAGACUUUGCAACUUUCCAGAACAAAUGAUCCAACGAUCGGCUGCACUUAUCUCUCAAUCUUGCAACACCAACACCAUGAAUGCCUCCAAGGAGAGCUUUUGAAAGUGUGCACCGUUAUCCACAUUUGUGAAAUUUAUUGCAUCAUGAUUACAGAGGUGCAAAUGAGAACUGAGACACUUGGAUGUGGCCAGAAGGUGGCAUUUUACUUGGUCGGACAGCACAUUGUACUAACUAGGCCAUUUUAAACAUAUUGAACACUUUACAAUCACUCAUGGACGGGAUCUCAGCGUACUUGACCUCCUUCACUUGGGGCAUCAAAUUGCUUCAAACCUGGAUGGGUAAAUCUGCCAUUUUUGAUCUCAGACUUGUAGACCCUGACCCUGAUCCCACCUACCUCACAUUCGACUGCAAAGUGCCACAACCUGCGAAUGCGUCUUCUAACAUGCUACUUUGUUUGCUUAUUGUCCAUCAUGUCCCAACUCAUGCUGUAAACUCCGUUAUCAUGGGGGUCUUCUUCGUUGUGUCUCACUGGGUGUGCAGCUGUACCACGUGAACUACGUUUAUCACACUGCUCAGAGGUGGAUUAGGGUUCAAAAGCAAUAUUGACCCUGAUUGACUUGAAAGAAAUUGGACUACUAACUACAGAACACUUGUCAUUGUAUGCUAAUGUGACGGCUCACAGCACUUCCUCCCCCUUUCCCUCCUCACCUCUGUUAUUGGGAACUCGGUUGUUACUGUAGUUUUUUGUUGUUGUUGUUGUUGAAGUUUCAGUUAGAUGUCGUGCAGUAAUCGAUUUUUGUGCCUGUAUGUGCCUUUUUUUUUUUUUCACAGAGCAGAAUUUGUGUGCUUACUGAAAUCUCAGCAGAUGGCUUGACCAGCCAGCGUGAAAGUAUUGAAAUGAUGAAAGUAUAUUUCUCAUGUGCUAAUUACAAAGACUCCCCAAAGAAUAGCUUGUUAGCACUGAUGGCGUUUUUUUAUUUGGACUAACUUAGUCAGCUUGUGGUUAACCAUGUGUAGAGUAGCUGGCUAGCCACAGCAGGAUUCCCUGGCUCAAAGAAGGAAUGUCAGAUCGGUUGCAUGUUUUGCAGCAUAUUUGCUGCUUCACAGGGAAACGUUUACUCACAGUAUGAACAGAUGAGAAAAAUGACCCACUGAAAAUCGUGUUUAGGCUCUGACUGUACACCCUAAUUUCAAUUCAACUCUGCAGAAGUGUUGGACACAUAAGCGUGAUAAAUAUUUUGGAAAGGGAGCAAAUGCUGCCAGUGGCUGUUUGGCUUUUCUCCACAUGGAUUCCCUGAAUAGUUGUGUUGUUAAAGAUUUGCCAUCUGGUUAAAGCACUUUUCCAGUAUAGGAAAUAGCUUAAAGUCUGUCCAUGUUCCCCUCUGUAUGCAUUUGUUUCUAGAGCACAUUUAAACACACACAUUUGUCGGCAUUUAAAUGGCCACAUCUGAAAGUGAUUAAGUUGAAUGUAAAAUCGCAGUUAAAAAUUACCUACUGACCAUAAAAAGCUCAUUGUGCAUUUCAUAAGUCUUAUAUUACAAAUAAACAAUAAACCAAAUGAUGUGUUUGUGACCGUGUGACUUAAAUUAGCUGCAUUCUGGUGCUAUAAAUAGUCGAGACGAUUGUCAGCUGACUUUAGAUGAACACAUAGGCAGCGUUCAAGCUCAGAAGACAAUGUUGUUCCUGUGAGAGAUGGAGAAAGUCCAGCUGCAAAGGCAGAUAUGUCACAAAAAGUAAAACUUAAAAGUGAACUGUGGUUAUUGCAGAAGCUAUUUAACAGGUCUGAGUGGUUUAAUUGUGCUAUUGAUAUUGUUUUUUAACAUUACAGUGAAUGAAACCCUGACCAACUCUAACCAAAGUCAUUUACCCAUUCCUUAAAGGAUCAGUUCACCAGUUCACAAAAAUCCCAAGGUCUGUGAAACACCACCAUUUCAUUUUUUUAACGCUUUAAACGGAACCGAAAGAAGCUAAAAAGACAAGACAAACUAAAUGACUGCAGAGGACUGGACAGAAGAAGCAGAGAAGUAGGCUAAAAAAAGACAGAAAGACAAUAAUGUAGUUCACAAACAAUUGGUUGAUUAAUCAAUUGAUUAACAUAUAAAAAAUAAUCUGCAAAAAUUUGAUUGAUUCAUAUUCAAAAAUUCACAAAUUCCAGCUUUUUAGAAUGUGAAUAUUUUCUGGUUUUCUGAAAUAUUUUUGUGUUUUGAACCGACAACUGCAUCAACCGCAUUUUACUUUACAUUUCAAUGAUUUUAACUCAUUGUUGAGCUACGCUCUGUUGCUUUUUGUUGAUUUUACUGAUGUUUUAUUACUGUGUUACUUAUUGUGUGUUUUAUUACUGUUUGAUGUAAGGUGACCUUGAGUGCCAUAAAAGG